AUGGACGCGCUGAAGUCGGCGGGUCGGGCUCUGCUCCGGAGCCCCAGCGUCCACAAACCCUCCUGGGCCGGCGGCCGACACAAGAAGCUCCCGGAGAACUGGACCGAUACCCGCGAGACACUGCUGGAGGGGAUGCUCUUCAGCCUCAAGUACAUGGGCAUGACGCUGGUGGAGCAGCCCAAGGGAGAGGAGCUCUCCGCAGCCGCCGUCAAAAGGAUCGUCGCCACCGCGAAAGCAAGUGGAAAGAAACUGCAGAAAGUGACUCUGAAAGUCUCGCCCAGAGGGAUCGUGUUAAACGACAGCGGAACGAACGAGCUGAUCGAGAACAUCUCCAUAUACAGGAUAUCCUACUGCACGGCAGACAAGAUCCACGAUAAAGUGUUUGCCUACAUUGCCCAGAACCAGCUCAAUGAGAACCUGGAGUGCCAUGCCUUCCUCUGUACCAAACGGAAAAUGGCACAAGCAGUCACCCUCACCGUAGCCCAGGCCUUCAAAAUCGCAUUUGAGUUCUGGCAAGCGGCUAAGGAAGAGAAGGAGAAGCGGGAAAGGUCCAUCUUGGAAGGAGAAGGGACGAGCAGCCCCAGCUCAGAAGCCCCUGCUCACCCCGACACACCAGCAGCCACGGGGAACUUGCUGGAUUUAGAAGACCCUGCCAAAUCGCCCCUGACCAGCAGCGCAAACUCCCCACACUUAGAUAACAGCAUGUUUGGGCCCAGCUCAUCUGUAAAUAACAACGUGGUGUGGGAAAUGGAUGAUGGUCUCGACGAGGCAUUUUCAAGACUGGCUCAGUCGAGAACAAACCCUCACGUCCUUGACACGGGACUGACAGUUCAAGACAUCCAGAGUGCAGAAACGCUCUCACCUGUAGACUGGAACAAAAUAGAUUCCAACACAGGCGAGAAAGAUGAUCUGUUCAUGUUUUGAGGUCAAACGCAUCUAAGAGCUGGCAAGAGAAUAACCACUAAAAGUCUAUGGACUGAAUCAUGCUGUUCCAGGUGCUGUACGCAGGGGACUCUUCUGAGGGCUCUUCACCAAGUCAGAUGAUGUUACAGCACAGUUUAGACCAAAGCUUUAGAAAUCUAAUGCAGAUUUUUGUACCUUGCUUUUAUCUAAACCACGAGAUGCUCUUGAACAUAUUUAUUCAUAGCCGUUACAGUUUACAUAUAUUAUUGGAAGGUGUGUAGAGCAUCUACAGUAUUAUGUGGCAAUAUACCAUGGAAGAACCUUCAGCAGUGCCUGUUCCUCUCUGAAAAAAGACUAUGCAACACCAAAGUCUCUCUGUAUAUACUUUUCUAGACAAAGGUCUGCAGAUGCAAAUACAAUUGCAAGCACAACUGUUACUAAUCCACUGUUUCUUGAACAACACGUCACCUGCCUGGGCGGAGGGGAGGAGAUUUGCAGCAGCUGCUAACAGUGUUAAAAUCAAAGAGGUAGCAGAGAUCUUGCUUUUGUUGUGAAUGUCUGUGAUACUCUCACAGUUGUCAAUCACCCCUAUGGGUUCUGGCUGUUUCUUUGCCAGCUUCGUGUGGGAAUUGACACUUUUUUACCCAAAGACUCUAUGAAGUUUUGCACUUUAAAACUUGAACUGAAAGCAAUGGUCCGAAUUGUCAAGGUAAGCAGUGCCUGUAACUUCUCUUCAGAAGCUAUUUACCCCAAAAAUAAACCCCAACCCCACAAUGCUGCAGGUCUGUUUCAAAACUGACUACUCGCGUGCGCCAUUUCUGAUGCGACUUGAAAUACUGAGGCUCCGUUGCACUGUUGGCUUGAAAAGCAAAACCACCAGGGAGUAACAAUUUGUUUUGCUAAAGCGUGUUGAAAGUUGCAGGUUGGGUGAACCCAGUAGCACAAUAGAUCUGUGUUCUUAGCUCUGCUAAGUGGAUUUGGCCGUGCAUGGCUUUUUAGUGUCUCAAAACCAUUUGGUUGUUGCUCACUCAAUAGACUCAAAUGGAAUUGGAUUAGGCAAGACCAAUACCUGGAUGUUCAAUUAGCAAGAGGUGCCCCUUCCAGCAGGACUCCGAUCCUCUUCCCCCCCAACAGCCGCAUCUCCUGUGAGGCUUGGGAAGCUGUCUUCAUCUGCUCCUGGAAUUGAAAAUAAGUAAUGGAGGUAUAAAGCUUAUGCUAAUUAAAAGAUUAAGUUUAAUGAUCCUAAAUAGUCGCACUGACAGUUUGCAGUGUUUGUGGCCUUAUGUGAAGUAUACUAAUCUGUUUUAUAGAUUUGUAACUUGGUUUUGAAACACUAAUUCAUUCCCCAGAUAGCUCUUUAUAACUCUCUUAAAACUGCUUGCAGGAAAAAAAAAAAAAAAGAAAAACCUCUUUGUCAGCUGUAAGAAUUUAUUAGGAAACAGCUGAGUGACUCUAACUUAGAUUUGAUUUUUUUUUUUCCCUAAGUAUUAUUGUGAUAAGGUGUUGAGGACUUGUGAAGCUGACUCAUCAUGUCUCUUAAUAAAAUGUGUGCUCUAUUUAUCCUGCAAAAUUGUGUUUAAAGCAAUUUUACAUCUUGAAACUACUGUGCCCAUGACUGACUUGAUCUUAUGUAUAGCAUCAGUUUCUCGCAAUUGAAGGAAUUAUUCAGUUUGUCCGUGCUACAGAGGCACAUGGUAGGGACAUGAACCUAUUGUGUAAGCGAUGCCAAAACUGCGCAGAAGUGGUUGCAGCGAGCGCCUUGUCCCGCCCCCGAGGAGUGGUGAUCUUCCUAGGAAAGAGCUUGGGCUGUAGGAAUGGACCGUGAGGAUUUCUCUGUACACUGAUCUUUCUCCUUUUCUAGAGACUCUAGGAGCAUAUACUGAAAUGCACAAUACUAUAUGUGUAUGUAUAUAGUUUUUUAAGAAAAACUUAUGCUGUAAAGAAUAUCUGUACUGAGGAAAAUAAAAGU